UCCAUGUCUCCUGCAUCUCUCUUGGAUUAAAACGAGAGACAGAGUGAGAGAGCUAGGCUGAGUGAAUGAGAGUGGCUGGUGAGUGAUUGAAUUCAGCAAAUUCAAAGCUGAACAACAACAGCGCACGGCACAUACGUGGAGAAAUAAACGCGUCAACCUGAAGCAAAGUUGGAGUGGUGAUUUGCUUGACAUAUUUAAAGUAUACACUACAUCACCUGACUACUAAACUGAACUGUGCAAGGAAGCAUGAACGUGGACAUAGAGGGGAUAAUCCAGUGCAUCAAGCAGGGGGAUGAGAAUGGUGUUCAGAUAAAGCUGCAGGAGUUCAACAAAGAGUAUGCCCAGUGCUUCUUCUUUGAUGCAGAGGAGAGGGAAAAACGCAGAAAGGACUUUUAAAAUCCACCAUUUCCUGUCUCUUCUGCUACAUUACUCUCUGACGGAUGGUCCAUCUCUUAAGCAAAGAAGACUAGAAGAGUUCAGAAAGAAUAAAGUGAGGGACUACACUGAUUCUGACUCCGACUUGGAUGAGUACGACCAGGAGGAUCGAGGGCUUAUUCUCAGACAGAAUUUAGCUGUGGUCCUUGUGAGGUUCAUAAGAACAGAAGUCAAAUGUCUUCUGUUGAGAGUAUGUCUACGCACCCUGAGGAUUCUUUCCCGGGACAAAAAGGUCCUGGGCCCUUUGGUGACCGACAGCGCUCUCCUGACUCUGGCCAAACUAGCUGGGCUGACCACAAGCGAUGUCAGUGAUGAAGUCAACGACCCCGACUCUGAUUUCUACGAUAACAUCAUUACAUCUCUCACAGAGGCCAAAGUGCUGCAGGGUCACACUAAUGAGGACGAAGGUGAAGCUGAAACUAAUGAUCAAAAUGAAGAACAGCCGGCUUUUGAUGAGGAUGCCAAGAGCGACAUCAGCAACACCUACAGCGGCGAUGUGGACAGCAUCAGCUGGUUUGGGAGCCACAGGACCAGCAUCAACGAACUGCACAGAGGUGGGAUGCAUCACAAGGUGCUGGAGAGAGGGCGGAGGGACCGCAGAGAGAGCAAGAUGGAUGUGGAAGAAGAGGUGGAGGAAAUGGAGUCAGGAGAGGAGGCAAAGAGAAAAGAGGCCAUGAAGGUCUUGUGUAAUGUGGUGUACAACAGUGCCUGGGCACAGGAAAGAUUCAGUGGUCUCAGGCUCAUGUGUGGUCUUAUAGAGCGUGUAUCCUCCAGUGUCAGCUGCUCAAAUCCCUCUAGUGCUCAGUUCUAUGAACUACGCUUCAUGUUCCUCAUGACUGCACUCAGGCCAGAGCUCAGCACCCAGCUUAAACAGGAGGGAGGGGUUUCCAUCCUCACAGCAGCCUUGGAGAGCUGCCUGGAGGUGCAGUGGAAAGACCAGUAUGAGUGCAUACUGGACUCACAGGGACAACCUAUCUCUCUGGAAACCUCUCAGCGUGUCACAGAGAUCCUCAAAAUUCUCUUCAAUAUUACCUACAGCACCCACAAGCAGGAGCCAAGUGAGGAUGAUGCAGCUCUGUACCGACACCUGGUGGCGAUCCUGCGUCUCUGCCUGAUGAGGAAGUGCGUACUGUCAGAAGACACAGAUGAACUGCAGGGUCACACAGUGAACCUGCUGUCAGCGCUUCCUCUGCAAUGUCUUGAUGUGUUGCUGAUGGUGCCUCUGGAGCCAGAUUCAGAGCAGUGUGAGGGGGUCAAUAUGGACUGUGUCCACACGCUGCUGAUGUUCAUGGAGAGACGCCUGGAGGCGGGAGAUAAGAUCAAAGAGAAGCUGACACCAAUCCUCAUUCUGCUGACGGAGAGCUGCAGGGCUCACAGAGAAACACGGCACUACAUCAGAAAAUAUAUCCUGCCUCCUCUGAGAGACGUAUCACAGAGGCCAGAAGAAGGCACCACAGUGAAGAACCGUCUGAUUCGCCUCAUGACUCAUUUGGACACCGACCUCAAACACUGCGCUGCUGACCUCAUCUUUGUCCUCUGCAAGGAAAAUGUGAGGCGUUUUGUGAAGUACACAGGUUACGGUAACGCAGCAGGUCUGUUGGCCACCAGGGGCCUGCUGGGGGGCCAGGGGCCCAGGGCCUCCUUCUCAGAUACCCAGUAUUCCAGCGACUCAGAUUCAGACACAGAGGAGUACCGGCAGGUCAAAGACCGCAUCAACCCGGUGACGGGACGGGUGGAGGCAGAUCAGCCAGACCCUAUGGAGGGCAUGACAGAGGAGGAGAAGGAGGAGGAGGCCAAGAGGCUGAUCAUGCUCUUCAACAAGCUGUCCAGAGACAACAUCAUCCAGCCGAUGGGAGUGGAUGAAGAGGGGAAGCUCGUCCCGAUGUCAGGACUAAAGGAAAACCCUCUCUCUGAGGAGGCGAAGUCUGAGUCAGAGAAUGAGGGAGAAACAGACGAAGGCAACAAGGACUGAUUUCAGAUCAUCAGUUUCAUUCACUUUAUCGUUAUUAUUUUCUAAACAUUUUACUUGUAAAGGUUAUCAGUGGGAAAGGUGUGUUGUGUCUGCAUGGAUGACAUGAAAAGAGAGGGAUGUAGUUCUCAACUAAACCCAGCUAUGCUGAGCGUGAAUACAUUUAAGAAAGGUUUUUAAAAAAAAAAGAUAAUUUCAUAUAUUUUCUCCUUUUGAUUGAUACUGAUAACAUACAGCAGCAGCAAUAUGGUCACGUGUAAGAUCAUAAUGGUGAGAAUGCAAUUCUGAAUAUGUAGUAGAUCCUGAGAAGGAAUAAUACACAUUAAUGUUUCAAUAAAGUGUUAAAAUCUAA